AUGAAUCCAGGGAAAAGGUUCAGAAAUAGUAGUAGUAGCAUUACUACAACGAAGCCGUUGCAAAUAAAAUCAGGUAAUACAAUAAACUCAUCGACAACCACCAAGAAUAAAUUAAGAGUACCAUUUCGUAAUUAUUCUCCAGAGAUUGAAUAUAAACCAAAUGUAAAAGGUGAAAGAUUACAAUUUUUUGAUAAAACAAAUGAACCAUUCAAGGAUAUAUCAUGCAACGAAACUGAAAUGAUAUCAUGUACAAGUACGGUAGAAAAUAAGAUGAGAUAUAAAGUUAAUGGUGAUAAGACUGAAGAUACAUCAAAAGUAGGAUCAAUUAUAAAGAUUAUCCCUACCAUUUCAAGUAAAAAAAACAAAAAACAAAGAGAUCGUUCUUUAAAAUUUGAAGAUUUUGAUCAACCACCAAAUUCGACCUCUACACCUAUCUCUAACAACUCAUCAAAACAGAAUGAAGUUAAAAAAAGCAUUGAUGAUUCAGAGGGUAAGAACCAGAUUAUAAAUUCAACAAAUUAUCGUUAUACUUUACAUCAAGCUCCAGAACCAUUUAAAAAUUGGGAUGUUAAUAGUAUUAAAGAUUCUCCAUUAUUAAUGAAACCAGUUGAAUAUCAACGAUCAACAUUAUAUCAAUCAUAUAAACCAACACAGGUUGUAAAAAUAUGCAUCGAUGAACAAAACGAUUCUCACUUAUCUAAGGACAAUCAACCACAAAUCUUAAAUUCAAACACUGAACAAAAUAUACUUUCAAUCACUGACCAAUCUACUGAUCGUAGUGAUUCAAUAAUUUACAUGUCUAGUGGCGGUAACGCAACGUAUAACAACAGCGAUGAAUGA